AUGGGGCGGCGCCAGCGCAGCAAGUCGCACACCCUCCCAUCCUCCCCCACCUACUCAUCCUCCUCCUCCGAGUUUGAAUUCCGCAUCUCCCUCUCCCCCCACAAAUCCUCCCGCCCCGCCGACGAGCUCUUCUACAAGGGGCAGAUCCUCCCUCUGCACCUCUCGCCCCGCCUCUCCAUGGUCCAGUCCCUCCUCCUCCUCUCCUCCUCCCCCUCCUCCUCCUCCGCCUCCACCUCCCGCGACUCCACCGCCUCCUCCGACCUCCUCCUCGACUCCGACUCCUCCCGCCCCAGCUCCGCCACCGACGACGACUUCAUCAAACGCCCCUCCACCGACCGCAAAUCCCCCAAAUACUUCUCCCUCGCCAAAUUCUCCUCCAAGACCACCUCAUCUGUCAAGCGCGUCAGCACUACCGCCAGAGGAGUCCUCCGCAAGUACUUCAACAAGGUCAAACCCCUCUACGAAAAGCUCUCCCACAAACAACAACAACAACAACAACAACACAAAAUGCCCGCGCCAGAGGUGGCGCGGAGAUCGAACGAGAAUUCUAGAGAAUUCUCAAUGUCUUUCUCCGGGAACUUGAGAUACCCUAGGCGAAGAAGCAGCAUCUCCAGCUGCCCUUCCUCAAUGACGUCGUCGCCGCGGAGGGCCGAGGCCGCGCAAAUGGGUCGGGUCGGAUCCGGAUCUUACAACCCGGGAGCUUCGUCGAUGGCGGAGCUGCAGAGCGCCAUUCAAGGCGCCAUUGCCCACUGCAAAAACUCCAUGCUGAAGAACAAUAAUGCGGUCAAAGUGGAACAAAUUUUGGUGGACAGAUGUGGUAAUAAAUAGUUAAAGUGGAGAAAUGGUAAAGUAAGAGAGAUAUAAUGUUGAUAGGAGUCUUCAUAACAUUAUUCUCCACUUUAACUAUUUAUUAUCAUUUUUACACAAUGGGUGCGCAAAAGUGACCGGGACUCCUAAUGGCGGAUGGAGGGAGUAUUUCUCUAUUUAUGCAUGACAUCUUGUGCAUGAGACGUGUUAAUUUUGUUUAUAUCAUUCUAAUUUUUUGGAUGUCUCUGAAUGGACUCAAACAGUAAUAGUUUAAUAUCAAUAUAAGUUUCCAACCAAAUCAUGAAUGCAACAUUCAAUCUUCAUUACAUCUAAUUUUUUUCUUAUAUUUUUUUUAUCAAAGAUGUAAAAAAGAUGGUUCUAAAGUUUAACUUUAAGCAUAUUAUGUAUUCAUCCUUUAAUAUUUGAUGAAUGAUUAUAGAAUUCUUUAAAUUUGUUAA